AUGUCGGGUGAACCGAAGGAUUGCAACGGCGAGGGACAACGCAGGGCAGAAGACCUAGCGGGCAGGAAGGAAUUGUCGGAUGGCACGGUGGACUCAGAGGUGUUCACUGGAGAGCAGAAAAGUGAGCUUGAACAGAUGAUGAAGCAGCAGCUGGCGCAGACGGAGGCCAUGCUGCUGAAGUACCUAGGCAAACACGGCGCGAGCGAGAAGGAAAAGGGUGCUGACCGGCGACCUCGCGAUCCGUGGGAUUCAGACGACCCGUGGAAGGGUCAAAGUCGGUCGGAGAGCCAAGGCGGAGAAAGAAGAGAAUGGUCUCAAGAAGAAUGGGACGAGUGGAAAAAGGCCAAGGGCGGCAGGUACGAGAGCGACUGGAAGGACCAGAAGCGGGAGAAGGGCGACUACACCGAUCCGGAGGCAUUCAUGGGCUGGUCAGACUAUAGAUUGUGGCGUCGCCGAGUGGUCAGAUGGCUCGACCAGACAGACGUACCGCCGAGGAAGAGGUCAGACAAGAUCCUGAAGGUAUUAGACAGGGAUUUGCAGAGAAAAUUCGAAGUUAUUUCAGAUGCAGUGUUGCAGUCGGCUGAAGGGCCGAUGACGAUCAUCAAGCGACUCGACAUUAUGAGCGGGCAACGUAUGGACGACGAGAAAAGAAGAGCGGGCCGAGAAUGCUUGAUGGGAUAUCGACGCAAAGCGGAUGAAACCCUCUCAGUAUACACGGCACGGAUGGACCAGAACUUCGAGAGGCUGAAGGGCCAGGGGCUCGAGUUAGACGACAGCUGGAAAAUAUUAUUUCUUGAAGAAGGCAUAGGACUGGAUGAGAGCGGGAUGCAGAUGCUGAAGGUCAUGAGCCGCGGCUCCAAGGACUACGAGGAAGUGAUCGGCGCGGCGAGAGAGAUGGAUGUGACACGCAAUGAGCAUCUCGGCGCCCGGACGGGCAAGGCCACGGCGGCGACCUACGCACUACAGGAUGAUGACGACGACCUCUGCGAGUACAGCGACGUAUCUUCCAUGACGUCGGAGCAGGGGGCUUUCGUGCUGGAGUCGAUCGCCGAGGCCGACGUAGACGAGCACGAGUUACCAGAGGUGCUGGCGACGCUGGAAAAGGACAGAAAGAAGACGUGGAAGGAGAACCGGGACUACAAAAGGCAGCUUCGAGUGGAUAGAAAAUUCUACCAGACCCCGGGGGGGCCUUCGGGCUCCAGGGCGCCGGCGCCGCCGCCGCCGCACCCGGGGAGACGUGACGGACUACGUCGGAGUGCGAAAGGGAUAGUUCGCGAGCGGAAGAGGAGACUUCCGAUCGAGAAACUAAUGAAGAUCACAAAGUGUCAUCGAUGCCACAAGAAGGGACACUGGAGCCGAGAAUGUCCCGAGAAGGGAGACUCGACGGGAGCCGCAGCGGGAAGCGGGUUCGUGCUGCUCAAUGAAUCGGAGCCGAGCUACGCGAUCCUGGCCUCGGAGAACAUCAACUCGAUCAACGCGCGCGGGUUGAUUCACCAGGUCGUGGGCCGCAUCAGAUCCGAGAAGGUCGAGGCCAUGAGCCUGCUGGUCACAGGCUCAGGGGACAUCGUGGUGGACACGGCGGCGGGCCAGGCGCUGAUCGGGCCGCAGGCACUGCAGAGGCUGGAGAAGCGUCUCGGCGAGCUGGGCUUCCGAGUGGUUCGGGUCAAGAGCAAGCACCAGUUCGCGAGAGGCGUCGGCGGGAAGACGCAGGUGCAGUCAGGACUCCUGGUCCCCACAGGCAUCGAGGGCAAGACAGGCAUCAUGGAGCUGGACCUGAUCGAGCAAGACGUGCCGGCCCUGAUGCCGAUCAGUAUGCAGGAGCAGAUGAAGGCAGUGAUCGAUCUCCCGAAGGCCGAGAUGACUCUGAGGGCACUAGGGGUGACCACCAGCUUGAAGCGGCUGUCGAGUGGUCAUCGCACGAUCGCGAUCGACAAGCUCGGCAGCCCAGAGGGUUUUGAGCUUCCGGAGGCUGUCCGGAAGCGUUUCGGACUGCAGGCGUCUGACUUUCGCCUGAGCUCGAGCGAGAAUGCCAUGGUGACGUACUGGAAUCGAGCCGAGAAAACGUUUCUGCAGGCGAUGACGGGUUCCACCGCGAGCGACAGUGGCGAGCCGCAGUGCGUCAAGUACUUGCUGACCGGAAACGAAUAUCCGAACGGGCUGUCGGUGGGAGACAAGUUCUGGGCGUACCUCAGCUCCAGGAUCGUGGCCGAUCACCAGCACAAGGGGCUGAAGCUGCUGCGCAUGUUCCAGAACGGCCACCAGUGGCCAAUCAAGACCAAGAAGGCGGACAGGUUCUACACGGAGCGCCAGAUGAAGUGCAGUCAUUCCUGGGCACGUCUCAUCAGUUUCGGCAAUUCCCACGGCAGUUGGGAAGUCUGCGGGGACUGCGACAUGAGGGUCUCGUACUUCCAGAAGGCGUCCGUCAUCUACAAGGGGAAGGGCAAGUCGCCUCAGAGCGGCUCGACGGUGCUGAACGUGAGCGACCUCACCAAGCCCCCCGGGGGCAGAGCAUCGGUGAGGAACUCGGUAGAGUGCACGAGGGUCGCUCUCAUGACGACGACGAGCGACCGGGGGCCGACCCAGGGCUCGGAGGAGCCGAUGAGGGUGAAGAAGCGCUCCGAGGAGAUGGUGCAGUAUCGGGCUUUGGAGGCGCCCAUGGAAGUAGACGGCACAGGUCCAGCACGCCCUCGCCAGCGCGCCCCUCGUGCGUCGCUGAUCAGCGAGAUCAAGAGCAUGAAAGAAGAGAUGACCAACCAGAAUCACGGCCUGCUCGCCCUGGUGGUGGAGCAGGGAAAAGCCAUUCAGCACAUGCAGGCGGCGCAGCUCGGCAUCCAGGAGAAGCAGGCCAUGAUGGAGAGGCAGAUGGCGAUCGAGGACCAGCCGAAGACGCUGCCGCCGCAGGUGCCGGCCCAGGCGGUGUUCCCCGUCGGGUGGGAGACGAUCGAGUCGCCUCCGACCGCCGGCAGUGCCAUCAGCGAUGGAGUGUGGGCGACGGAGAAGGAGGGGGGCGCUUCUCCAGACGACCAGGCAGAGCGCUUGGUGGCGAUGUCCCUGCCUGUUUGGCGGGACCUGUUGCUCUCAGGCGAGUUUAAUGACGAUUUCGAGGACCACCCCACGGUGAAGGACGGCUUCCAAGAGAGGCGCAGCUUCCACCAGAGGGACAGCUUCCAGGGGGGGUGCAGCUUCCACCAGAGAGACAGCUUCCAGGAGGGGGGCAGCUUCCACCAGACGGACAGCUUCCCCAUCCGGAACGAGAAACUCAGGGACCCUUCGAAGACCGACCUCAGGGUCCAGAAGCGCAGGGUGGGAUGUCUCGGGAGUUGGGAUUUGGAAACCGGAUGGGACUUCAGAGAGGGGGGAGUCAGACUUGCGGCUAGGCAGCGCCUGAGAAAAGAGAAGCCAGCAGUUGCCAUGAUGGAGCCCCCGUGCCAGACACACAGCGCCAUGUUUAGGGUCAGCAAGGGGUCCAUGGACUCCGAGUACCGCGAGGCUCUGAUCUCGGAGGGCCUCACUCACCUUCAUCAUGCGGUCGACCUGGCCCUCAUCCAGUACCGCGGAGGGCGCUCCUUCGUGCUGGAGCACCCUGACACGGCGUCGUCCUGGGAGGACCCCAGUCGGGCGGUGACUCGAAAGUCCCAGGUGUACCCCGAGGCCUUCUGCAGGCACAUGGCCGAGACCGUCGCCAAGAUCGUGUCUUCCAUGGCACGCAAGUCAGCUCACCCCGAGUCGUUUUGGGGACUAAUAGAUCAGGACGCGAUGAAGUUCCUCAGAGAGCGGAAGAAGCUCCAGCAGGCGCCAGAGAGACCGGAGGGCAUGACCGAGAGGGGAUGGGGCGGAUCUUGGGUGGAGUUCGGAAACGGAAACGCCGACGUGGAGCUGGUCCCGGGGGAGGGGUCCGAGGCAGGUCUUUUGCAGAUCACCUCCGAGAGCACGGCCUUGGAGAACCGACGGCAGGUGUCCCGGCCUCGGAAGAAGGACUCGAGCUCCGAGCCUGCCAAGGACAGCAGCGACGAGGAGUCCGCGCCCUCCCGCAAGGAGGAGGAGGAGGACGAGGAGGAUGACGACGACAAGAAGUCCGAGGGCGACAAGGCCGAGGAUGACGAGACGGACAUCAACCAGCAGGCCUCCGACGACGAGGCUGCGGACACCGACGCCAAGGGGUCGGACGCCGCCAGCGCGGCCGCCUCGUCCCCGGAGCCCGAGCGGGUCAAGGAGAAGAAGGCUAAAAAAGGCAAGAACGACAAGAAGGUGAAAAAGGCUGACUCCUCCGACUCGGACGAUUCUGGGAAGGAGGCGGCCAAGGCACCGCCGUCGGACUCCUCCGAGGACGAGGCGGGCGACAAGCAGGACGAGGCCGCCGACGAGGAGGAGGAGGAGGAGGCCGAGGCGUCGGACGCCUCCGCGGAGUCGGGGAAGAAGCUGAACGGCAAGUCUCGCGAGUUGCCGAACGGCAAGAAGGCUUCUGGGAAGGAUAUGCUCCUGGCCGCCAAGGCCAAGCUGGAGAAGGCCAAGGAGGAGUUGGAGGGGGCCAGGAGAGAGGCGGAGACCUCCAAGGCCAGCGCCCUCGCCGCCGCCGAGGAGUCGCAGCUGGCGGAGCGGGCGCGCGACGCCGCCAAGGCGGAGCUCGAG